AUGGACAAGAACCAACGCAUCGUCAUCGUGGGCGCAGGCGUCUUCGGCCUCUCCACCGCCCUCAACCUCACCCAGGAUGGCUUCACCGCGAUCACAGUGCUGGAUAGACACAUGCCUCCCGUCCCGGACGGGUCAAGUAACGAUAUCUCCCGCGUAAUCCGCUUCGACUACGGGGAUCCCGUAUAUGCGCAGCUAGGCAAGGAAGCGUACGAUCUGUGGAACACCAGCCCUGACUAUGCGGACUCGUUCCACCGCACACCGUGUGUCUGGACGGCGCAGAGGACGGGUCCCGCUGGGCUUGUCCAAGUCGGGGGGUCGGACUUUAUCCGGAAGACGAAGGAGAUUCUGACGAAGAUGGGGGCGGAGUGGCACGCGUUAGCGGAUGCGGCAGAGUUGAACGCGCGGUUCCCCGCUGUCAGUGGGACGCCGAUUGGGGAGGGGUUCGAGGGAUUCUAUAACAAUGCGGCUGGGUGGGCGGAUGCAGGUGUAGCCAUUGCGGGGCUGAGAGAUCGGUGUAUUGCUGCUGGGGUGUCAUUUGUGACGGGUCCUCAUGGCCAGGUUACGGAGCUGGAGAAGAGCUCGGACGGUACCAUUACAGCAGUCAAGACGGCCGAUGGGGGACGGAUCGCAGCAGACAAGUUUAUCCUGGCGACGGGUGCAUGGACGGCUGGACUGAUUCCCUCGUGGAAUUCGAUGGUGGCGACCGCGCAGAUUGUAGGCUUUGUGCGGCUUACACCGCAGGAAGUCAAGGCGCUCAAGGAUCUGCCUAUUAUUUUUAAUCUCUCGACCGGAUUCUUCAGCUUCCCACCGCAUGAGAAGACAAGAUAUCUCAAGGUCGCCUGCCACAGUUUUGGAUAUACUUUGUCGUCGGACCAGCAAAUAUCCUCACCACCCAGUCGGGCUAUCUCAGCGCGGGCAAACUUCAUCCCCGCGGAAGGCAUGCAGAGACUGCUUGCAGGCCUCAAGGAGAUCCUACCUCAGCUGGUAGACAGAGGUUUUGAGAAGACAUGCCUGUGCUGGUAUAACGAGACGCCAACAGGAGACUUUAUCUUCGACUACCACCCUGACCAUCCCAACCUCUUUAUCGCUACCGGCGGGACCGGACAUGCGUUCAAAUUCCUCCCUAACAUCGGAAAAUACAUUGCCAAGUCGUUCCAGAGACAAUUGUCCCCCGAGUUGACAGAGAAAUGGAGGUUCCAUACCGAGUACAAAGACCGUCCCCGGGAAGACAUCUUCACCGGGGAGAAGAGCCGGAAGGGAGGAGAUGGCAGCCGUGGAGGUCCUAAUAGACGGGAGUUUACCCCCGAGGAACGAGACAGUCUUUUGUCUCUGACGACUGCAUUGGCCGUGAGACAGGCCAAGAUGUAG